CAAAAAUAGCAUCCGUGAAAUCUAUCGCUACUUUUCGUUUGAGACAAUAUCUUAAAGCACGUGCAUUUGAGGUUAUGUUGACAUAAUUGUGAUUUUCUUCCUUGAUUAUGGCAUGGAGGUUCGUGUUUCUUAAGAAAGACGUACAAAUAGAAUCGGUCUACGAGGUUAUAUCGCCAAAAUGUUUGUUCUCGCGGAAUUGAAAGAUACGGUCAGAAUUCCGCCGUGGGAAUUCAAACGGAAAUUGAACGAUGCGAUUACCGAUGAACUUAACAGGAAACUCGCCAAUAAGGUGUAUCUGAACGUAGGACUUUGCAUCGCUCUCCACGACAUCACAAAAAUUGAGGAAUCUUACAUAUUUCCUGGCGAUGGAGCGUCGCACACUAAAGUAAUAUUUCAAUUUAUCGUGUUUCGUCCGUUUAUGGAAGAAAUUUUAAUUGGAAAAAUACGAAGCUGUAGCGUCGACGGUGUCCAUGUAACGUUAGGAUUUUUCGAGGAUAUCGUAAUUCCACCUAACAAGUUACAGCAUCCAUCUAGGUUUGAUCAAAUGGAACAAGCAUGGGUUUGGGAGUACGAUACAGGGGAUGGUGAGAAGCAUGACCUAUUUAUGGAUGCAGGAGAAAUUAUACGAUUCAGGGUAGUGAGCGAAACUUUCACAGAAGCAUUGCCUACAGGACCAAAUGUGUCUGGGGAGUCUGUCGAGCAAUCCGAUGCUAAAAAUAUAUCUCCUUAUACCUUAGGGGGUGCCAUCGACGAACCAGGUCUUGGGUUACUUACGUGGUGGGAAAAUACCUAAGAGUACAGAAAUAAAUUUGGAUCAAUAAAUUUUUAUUUCACAGCACAUUCCAUCAUUUUAUCACGUUUUAAAGUUACAUCCGUGACUCGCGUCACCCGCGACUCGAUUUCAGAUAGAAUUUUGACUGUGCGGAUAUAUUUAUAUUUAGUUCGCAUUGGUAACAGAAUUAUUAAUUAUUAUUUGUACAAUAUAUACAAAGACGUUAUGUGCUAAACAUGUGGUAACACGCAAAAAUAAUUUCAGUUCGGUAAAGGUCGAGGUCGUGUUAAAUGUUACACAUAAAUCGUUCGGUAGUACGAGUCUCAACAUAAAAGAUGUUGCACCAGUCGUUCGUACCGCAACGGUGCCAUAGAACUUUUUCAUAUCGUACGUGCUGAUGGAGCAUAGUGUGACACAUUCGUUUUUUUUUUUUUUUUUUUUUUUUUUUUU